AUGACUGUCGCACCAUUAACAACCGGUGAAUCUAACUUGAACUCGCCAUCGUCUUUCAUUGUUUCGGUACCAUCAUCUACAUCUCUCAAUAAUUCUCAACAACCAAAUGAUGAAAGUACUCCAGUUAUAGUGUCAAAAAGUGUGCUUAAAAGAGAUAACAGUUCGAAUGAUAAUCAAUUAAUGAAAAAUUCAAAAAAAUCAAAUAUUAAAAUAGAUUUUCUCAAAAUUCCAAAGAAAAAAAGACAUGUAAAAAGUGUUAUUUUUAAUGAACAAGUUAGAGUUAAAUCUCGAACUCCAACACCAAAGAAAACAUGGUACGAGAAGGGAGACGACGAUGAGUUAUCAAAUAUUUCAUCAGAAAGUGAUGGUGAUGAAGAAAUGGAUGAUUAUGAGCAACAACAAGAAACAGAAUCUGGUGUAAUAUAUCAUCGACCAGUGAAUGGUAACUAUUCGAUGAAUUCUACUCCAACAGCAGCCACACCAUGGUAUAGAUAUUCUGAUCCAACUUCAUCUUAUCCUUUAUCAGAAGAUAUGAACGAUGAUACAUCUGCAUCACCUUACAGAACUACAUAUUUAAACGACAGCGUUCCUAAAACAGGAAACUUAAAUAAUGGAAUGAAUCCAAUUCCAGUAACAGGAAAUCAUUUGAAAGUCAGUUCUAAACCACAUCACUCACCAUUUUCUACGCAACAUUCAUUACCUAAUACAAACGCGGUACUUGUCGAACAUCGAGCAUCCAAAUCUACCACACCAUAUUAUGCAUUCACGAGACGGACAGUAUCAGAUGCGCAAUAG